AUGGUCGUGCGUGCCGCCAUCAGUACAGCCGUAAACUUGGUCCCGUUUUCCGAUCGGCUUCCGCAGCGUGUGCACAAUCUUAUGGGCUCCGGGGCUUCCAGAUUGGCGGACCUCGAGCUCUCGCCGGACGAGGUGCGGCCGCUUGCGACGCCGUCGCAGAAAAUCCGCAAGAAAAUGCGAGAGAAACGGCCCGCAACAGAGAGAAGUUCGCUUGCGCUGGGCCGCAACUCCUCAUUAGACGCCGAGGAUGACGGCAACGACACAGCCAGAGACACGGACACGCAGAGCCUCCGCACCGAGCGCGUGGAGCUGUAUUUGUGUGAGCAGCACGACGAGUUCACGUCGCUUAUCAACAGGAAUCUCAAGGAGGUCGUGCGGCAGCAGCAGCAAAGGCAGGCCGAGGAGGCCGGGUGGCGCCGGCUCGUGCUUGAGAUUAUGAUGGCCCGCGCCGGCGACGACGCGACUCAGAAAUUGGUACUGUUGGUGGCCCGCGCUCAAGAUAGCAUAUAUGCGUCCGUGCCCUUCAUUCACAGCGAGCGUCGGCUGCAAACGAGCGCAGGCGAGUAUGGGAGCUCGGCUCUGAAAGUGGACAGCGCCGAGUUGCUCGACCAGCUCGACUACGCGCAGAAAGUCGCGUUGUUGCGUCACUUGAUGGUGGACUUGGGCAUGCGGGCGGAUGCCGACGACAUUGCCGAGUUCACGCGGGGGUCCCUGCUUGACGACGACACGUCCAUUGCCGAUAAGCUCGAACUCUUGGUGCUUCUCCUGGUGCGGCUCUGGUUCAUCGGGCUCCGGUGCCUAGUGCCUGUCUUGCAACACAUAUACACGCGGUUCAAGGAGAACGACAUGCUCUUGGUGAACAACCGCAAUUUCAGCAGGCUUCUCACGGUGCUUGCGCGCGCCAUGGUGACUGUAGAAGAACGGCUAAACACUUUCAGCACUGGGCUGAGCAGGCUGAACUCUCAGGCGUCCAGUCGGCCUAGCUCGCAAACACUGGCGACAUCUGCCUCGUGA